AUGUGGGGUUGGUUCGGCGGGGCAGCGGCCCAGGCCAGAAGAGAUGCACCCAAAAAUGCCAUUUUGAAGCUGCGCCAGCAACUGGAUAUGUUACAAAAACGAGAAAAGCAUCUGGAAAGUCAGAUGGCAGAACAAGAUGCGUUGGCCCGGAAGAAUAUUUCAACGAAUAAAAAUGCCGCCAAAGCCGCUCUGCGACGCAAGAAACUCCACGAACGCACUCUCGAACAGACUUUAGCCCAGAUUGCACAAGUCGAACAGCAGAUCUAUUCCAUCGAAGCCGCCAACAUUAACCAGGAGACCCUGAACGCCAUGAAGAACGCUGGAGCGGCCAUGAAACAAAUCCAUGGCAAUCUGACGAUCGACAAAGUUGACCAGACCAUGGAUGAACUACGUGAACAACACGCUCUUGGAGAAGAAAUCGCCAGCGCAAUCACGAACGCGCCUAUUGGAGAGCCCAUUGACGAGGCGGAUUUGGAAGAAGAAUUGGAAGGCCUGGAGCAGGAAGCGAUGGACGAAAGAAUGUUGAAGACCGGCCCGACCCCUAUCACAGGCGAGGUCAACCGGUUGCCCGCUGUGUCCACUGGUCCAGUCAGCAACAAGCCUUCAACAGUGGAAGAAGACGAAGAAGAAGAAUUACGCAAGCUGCAGGCCGAGAUGGCGGUGUGA